AUGGGGCUCUGUGGGGCUGGGACACAAUUCCAUGGCUCUCUGUGGGUCCAAUCCCCCCCAGGUCUCCACACAGUGCACUGGGUUGAUGGCUGUGACCUCCUGUCUGACGGGAGUGUCCGUGGAUCCUAUCUGUAUGGCUAUGACGGGUGGGAUUUCGUCUCCUUCGAUCCGGGAUCCAAGAGCUUCAUGGCGGCCGACAGCGCUGCCCAGGUCACCACGAGGCGCUGGAAUGCUGACAAGAACUAUAUAGAUUAUACAACAGAUUACCUGGAGCACACCUGCAGGAAAGAGCUCCAGGAAUUUGUCGGAUAUGGGCAGGAGGAGCUGAAGCGCAAAGAGCCCCCUGAUGUCCAUGUGUCUGGAAAAGAGGAAUACGGGAUCCUGACCUUGUCCUGCCACGCGUACGGAUUCUACCCCAGGACCAUCGCAGUCAGCUGGAUGAAGGGGGAUGAAAUCCGGGAUCAGGAGACGCAGUGGGGCGGGAUCGUUCCCAACAGCGACGGCACCUUCCACACCUGG